AUGGCGUCGUCUGCGGAUGUACACGUCCGCAUCUGUGGCCAAGAAAUAAUCAAAUAUGACCUGGAGAUCAAGGCUCUCGUUCAGGACAUCAGGGAUUGUCCUGGACCUCAGUCUACUCUAAGGGAGCUCAACUCUCAGGUCAAAGAGAAGUUCAACCAGCUCAGGCUCAGAAUACAGGAUCUGGAGCUGAUGGCCAGAGAGCAGGACAGAGAGACGGAAAGACUGGCCAUCCAGGCCGAGACAGAGAGUCAGAGAAGGCAAAUGCAGAGUAACCAGACAGCCUGGAGGAAAUCUAACCUGGCUUGUAAACUGGCCAUAGACCACUUGGAGAAAGACGAGCUGCUGCUUGGAGGAGAAACGCCCGGCACCAGACAGAGGAAGGCGACUAAAGAGAACAUCGUGGAAAACAGCAGCAGCAUCACGGACAGUCUGAUGUCGAUCAGCAGAUUGAUGUCUGAACAGGUGAAGCAGAGCGAGGACACCAUCGGCACACUGGCCACCUCCUCCAGGACGGUGCAGGAAACCAAUGAGGAGUUCAAAAGCAUGACAGGAACCAUCUACCUGGGGAGGAAACUGAUCCUCAAGUACAACCGGCGGGAGCUGACGGACAAGCUGCUCAUCUUCCUGGCCCUGGCGCUCUUCUUCGGUACCGUCCUCUACAUCCUGAAGAAGCGCCUCUUCCCCUUCCUCUAGCCAGCCGGCCGGCUCGGUCUGUCGCCUGCUUACAACAAGAAUGUCUUCCAGGUGUUUUACUCAGCAAGGCGUUAACUGGCACGUAUGAGAUGGACUCCAUGGGGAGAUGGAAGCAGCAUUGAAACUGGAAUAAUGCAAAUAGAAACUGUGCCAAGGGGAAAUGUUUUUCAUUGGUCAGCAUCCUAAUUUUUUAGCUCAAACUAAAUGCAACAUGUGGAUUUAAAAAACCGGUAGGAUGGGUUUGGUUAGAUUGACUUAAGAGUUAAGAGCACAGCGACUAAAACAUGGCAUCAUGAGGUUUAUGCAGACACAGUGAACCUCGGCAUGCUUCAACAAACUUGAUCCUAGGUAUUGUUGGACACACCUAAGGCUUAAACUUGUUGUAGCCUGCUGUAAGAACGCUGUUGUGUUGUCUUUUUGACGAUUUGUACAAUUUAAAAUCAGGCUACUCUGAGGCCCUCGUGGUGACAGGUGGAGAAAAGAGCUUCAAGAGAAUUGUUAUUGUAUCUUGUAAAUUUGAAUUUCACACCUCUGCCAACCUGAGAAGAAGAUGUGGCAUGAAAAGGGCACUUUGAGGCAAAGUGAGGUGUUAAUACUUUAUCUGGUCUUCAGAACUAACCAGGAGUCAGGGCUAUAGUUUUUACUAACCUUUGUUUUGUGUACUUAUUGUCAAAUUACAGUCUGUGCGCCCGUGGGUGUUCAAGAGAAAAGGUGUGUGUUUGUCUGCUGUUUCAAAGACACUGUUGUUGCAGAGGUAACCUUGUCAGUGACUAUUUGUAUGCUUAACAGAAGUUUGAAUAAAGUUCUAUAUAUACAAAAUA